AUGUAUGGUAACUUUAUUUUAUUUUAUCCAUUUGUGCAGAAUGAAAUGCUGGAGGAAGGACAUGAGUACGCUGUGAUGCUUUACACUUGGAGAAGCUGCUCCAGAGCCAUUCCCCAGGUGAAAUGCAACGAGCAGCCCAACAGAGUGGAGAUCUAUGAGAAAACCGUGGAGGUGCUAGAACCUGAAGUGACCAAGCUCAUGAAGUUCAUGUACUUCCAGCGGAAAGCCAUAGAACGUUUCUGUAGCGAAGUGAAGCGUCUGUGUCACGCCGAGAGAAGGAAGGACUUUGUGUCUGAGGCCUACCUGCUCACUCUGGGAAAAUUCAUCAACAUGUUUGCAGUGCUGGACGAACUGAAGAACAUGAAGUGUAGCGUUAAGAACGAUCACUCUGCCUACAAAAGGGCAGCUCAAUUCUUGAGGAAGAUGGCCGACCCUCAGUCCAUCCAGGAGUCCCAAAACCUCUCCAUGUUUUUAGCCAACCACAACAGGAUCACUCAGUGCCUGCAUCAACAGUUGGAGGUGAUUCCUGGCUACGAGGAGCUUCUGGCAGACAUAGUCAACAUCUGUGUAGACUAUUAUGAGAACAAGAUGUAUUUAACACCCAGUGAGAAACACAUGCUGCUAAAGGUGAUGGGCUUUGGUCUGUACCUGAUGGAUGGGAACGUGAGUAAUAUCUAUAAACUCGACGCCAAAAAGAGGAUCAACCUGAGCAAGAUUGACAAGUUCUUCAAACUUCAAGUGGUGCCUCUUUUUGGAGACAUGCAGAUAGAGCUCUCCCGCUACAUCGAGACGAGUGCCCAUUAUGAAGAGAACAAAUCCAAGUGGACGUGCACCCAGAGCAGCAUCUCCCCGCAGUACAAUCUGUGCGAGCAGAUGGUGCAGAUCAGGGAGGACCACAUCCGCUUCAUCUCGGAGCUGGCGCGCUACAGCAACAGCGAGGUGGUGACGGGCUCGGGCCUGGACAGCCAGAAGUCCGACGAGGAGUACAGAGAGCUGUUCGACCUCGCUCUGAGGGGUCUGCAGCUGCUGUCCAAGUGGAGCACGCACGUCAUGGAAGUUUACUCGUGGAAGCUGGUCCAUCCCACAGAUAAAUUCUGUAACAAGGACUGUCCUGGCACGGCGGAGGAGUACGAACGAGCCACGCGAUACAAUUACACCAGUGAGGAGAAAUUUGCCCUGGUGGAGGUCAUUGCCAUGAUCAAAGGACUACAGGUUUUGAUGGGCCGAAUGGAGUCAGUGUUUAACCAGGCCAUCAGGAACACCAUCUACGCAGCGCUGCAGGACUUUGCCCAGAUGACCCUCAGAGAGCCUCUGCGCCAGGCUGUACGCAAGAAGAAGAACGUCCUCAUCAGUGUUCUUCAGGCCAUUCGAAAGACUGUCUGUGACUGGGAUGGGGCGAGGGAACCUCCAAAUGACCCCUGCCUGAGGGGGGAGAAGGACCCCAAAGGUGGAUUUGACAUCAAAGUGCCCCGUAGGGCUGUAGGACCCUCUAGCACACAGCUGUACAUGGUGCGCACCAUGCUGGAGUCAUUGAUAGCAGAUAAGAGUGGCUCCAAGAAGACUCUCCGCAGCAGCCUGGAUGGACCCAUAGUGACGGCCAUAGAAGACUUCCACAAACACUCCUUCUUCUUCACACACCUGCUCAACUUCAGCG